UACUUGGGGAGGGAGGCCGCGGCUGGUAGGCUGCCCCGCGCCCGCCUCUGCGUACGAGGCACACUGAUCCGAAUCCCAUUCGCGGUCGCACAGAAGCCCCGCCACCGGUAUUUCGCUUGCCUCUACGCUUCCGGGAAGGCGGUGUGCACGCGCCACUACACUCUCCGAGGGAGGAGGGCGGGACCCAGCCGCCACCGCGGGUGGAGGAGGGGCGACUGGCGCUGUGGCGAAACCCCGCCAUGGAGCCGAGCUUUGGGAUGGCGGGGCCCCGGCGACAAGGUCCCUUCUGAUUACGCCACACCAUGCCCCUCAGCCUCUUCCGGCGCCUUCUCCUUGCUGCCUUGAUGCUGGUGAUUAUUUGGACCCUUUUCGGGCCCUCAGGCAUCGGGGAGGAGCUACUGAGCCUCUCACUGGCCUCCCUGCUCCCGGCGCCGGCGUCCCCAGGGCCGCCCCUGGCCCUGCCCCGCCUCGUGAUCCCCAAUGAGGAGGCAUGUGGGGGUCCCGGCGCCCCACCCUUCCUGCUCAUACUGGUGUGCACGGCCCCAGAGAACCUGAACCAAAGAGACGCCAUUCGGGCUUCGUGGGGCGGGCUGCGCGAAGCCCGAGGGCUCAGGGUGCAGACACUCUUUCUGCUGGGAGAGCCAAGUUUGCGGCAUCCCACCAGGGAAUCCCACGAGAUCGACCUGGCACGAGAGGCAGCGACUCGGGGAGACAUCUUGCAGGCGGCUUUCCGGGACUCUUACCGGAACCUUACUCUCAAGACUCUCAUCGGGCUGAGUUGGGCAUACAAACAUUGUUCCAUGGCCCGCUACAUCCUCAAGACGGAUGAUGACGUGUUUGUCAACGUCCCUGAACUGGUAUCGGAGCUGGUUCGCCGAGGGGGCCGUUGGGAACAAUGGGAGAAAAGCAUGGAGCCUCCAAAAGAGAAUACGUUUGAAGAUGAAGAGUGGGAAGAAAGGUCCAUCUUCAGGGGCCAGCCAAUGCCUCUUUUGUACCUGGGCCGUGUGCACUGGCGGGUGCACCCCUCUCGGACACCAGGGAGCAAACACCAGGUAUCAGAGGAGCAGUGGCCUCCCACCUGGGGCCCCUUUCCACCCUAUGCCUCUGGCACAGGGUAUGUGCUGUCAGCUUCUGCCGUGCAGCUCAUCCUGAAAGUGGCCAGCCGGGCACCCCCUCUACCACUGGAAGAUGUCUUUGUGGGGGUAAGUGCCCGACGAGGAGGCCUCACCCCAACCCAUUGUGUCAAGCUGGCUGGGGCCACCCACUACCCCCUGGACCGGUGCUGCUAUGGGAAAUUCCUGCUGACAUCCCACAGGUUGGACCCCUGGAAGAUGCAGGAGGCCUGGAAGCUAGUGGGAGGCUCUGAGGGAGAAAAGACUGCACCCUUCUGCUCCUGGCUCCAGGGAGUCUUGGGCAUCCUGCGGUGUCGGGUAAUAGCCUGGCUUCACAGCUGACAGUGUCUGGGGCCACAGCAGAGUGAGGAGCUCAGGGUCUAGCCAGCACCCCUUACAGCCGUCUCUCGCCCAGGCCCACGGCAGGGGCCCUAGCUGGCUACAGAUGGCCACUUUCUGCUAUCAGAUGCUCAGUCUAUCACUGAAGAUAGAGAAAUCGAGGGGCCUGGCCUGCCAGCCCCAAAGAUGGUCACCAGGAAGAGCAAAACAAUGCUGGGGUUGUUCUCUCCAGCCAUAGGAGAGGGGCACAAGCUCCUCAAUAAACUUGUCUCUCUACCUCUUCGAGUACAGCGUGGUCGUCACCAGGAGUCCAAGAACACAUACCCGGGGAGCCUGGAGACUGCCAGACCAUGCUGGAUGGGAAGGACCUCUCCAGGGACAUGGGAAAGAGAGGAGGAAGGGCCCUAAAGAACAAGGCUAAGGCUAUAGUGACGAGAUAUGAGGUGGGGGUAGAAGCAGGACACCGUGACCCCUCAGAUCCUAGAGUAGUCCCAUGCUGGGCAAAGGGAGGGGAACAGGUCCUGAGAAUGAUCUAGACACAUUAUCCAAAAAAACCCCACCUUCUUCUUUAAUCCCAACCCAGCCCAGGAGCCAGCUGUCCCUACCCAGCUGGGGAAGGGGCAUACUGCCCCCUCCUUAUUCUAAGGAAUAGGGUCAUUUCCCCACGGGCAGUCGUGGGGGAAAGUGUUGCUCUCAGGCCAUCCUUGGGCACGGCUCAGCGCAGAAAUCUGUCCAGGGCAGAUGGUCGGGCCCUCGUGGGCUUGGCCUUCUUCUCUUGCUUCUGCGGCUGCUGCUCAAGGCUCUGUCGGACUUUAUCCUGGGUGGUGAGAGGGCGGCAAGGUGAGAAGUGGCAGGCUGGCAAGGGCAGAGGCCCACGGGACGCCUGGUCCACCCCCCCAGUGAUCAUUUACCCGGUGCUCCUCAUCCAUGACCUUCCUCUUCCUCUUCACCAGGCUUGCUGUAGAACUGCGGCCCUUCUGCUUUGGCUUUGGCUGGAAAGGAGCCUUGGCCUCGGGGUCAUAGCCCUAAGAGAGGAGACAAGGGUAAAAUCCAUAAGAGCCUCAGAGACUAGGAACCGUGGCAGUACCAUGUGCUGUGUCGUACUUCUGGGGACAUGGCACAGGAGAGGCUGUGAAGGGGGGAAGGGCCUGGGCACUUGGGCCUGAUUCAUACCAGCCUCUCUAUCCGCUCCUUCUUUUCUUGCUCCAAAGAGAUGACAUCAACCUCUGCCAGGGCUCGUGGGUCCAGACAAAUGAGCUCUGCAGGUACCUGGAGGUGUCACGGAGGGACAGGAAUGGAUGAGGAAACUGAAGCUCAGAGGAAGAUAAUCAAGUAAGAGUGAAUGGCUUUCUUUGAAACCAUUUGAAAAUAAAGUGAUGGAGUUCACAUUUCAUGUACGAGAUUCCUGAGCAGCAGUGUAAAAGAAGGAAAGCAGAUUAGUCUGCCAGCAGCACCCAGGACUUGCCAGCAGGAGGAACAAUCAGAGGCUGGAAAGUGUCUGUGAAUAUCACAUGUGUUCAAUAGGAGGCAGCAAGAAUGGACAGAAAUGGACCUCAGAGAGGCCCUUGAGGGGAAAGCAGCCAGGACCUCACAGGGGAGCAUGGGCAGUAACGAAAGGAUGCCACCAAAACAGGCGGUAGAGCCUGGGCACCCAGAAAGCACCCAGUCAACAGCAAUUUGGUUCCUGCCCUUACUGAUGGCUGAAGAUCACAUGGCAAUGGAGCUAGCUGGAGGUGUCCAGUCAAAUUCUGGGUGACUGGAAAGUGUGGCAGAAAAGGAGCAAGCCUGGAGGAACUCUGGGGAGUGGGGUGACCUAUCCCGCGAUGGACACAUUAAAUCUGGGGCAACAGAAGACAACUUAGUAGGAACUAAGCGUGUCUCCUGGCUAAUCGUUUCCGUCAACCACAGUCCCGUUUCUGAACAUAAAGUAGAAUACUGCCCCAUGACAGGCUCAACAGCCCAUUCACCCUUGUACCCCCAGAACCUCAGCACAGAGCCUAGUCCACAGCAGGUGCCCAGUGAGUGCCUGACAAUGAAAGGAAUUAAGAGGAACAUCCACUGAUCCCAUUAGAGGGAACUCAUGCAGAAAACAGUACACCAGGUCCGCACAUAUGUACGCAUCAGACAGCACAGCUGGGCAGCUGCAAACUCUCAGGAGAGGCAGCAAUUUGAAGCAGGCCCCCUACUCCUACCCCUCACAUCACCAGCCAGAACUCAAGAGAACGAUCAUCUUCAAGGAUGCCAGUGGUGAAAGCCAGUGCUCCGUACUCCCUGGGCACCACGCUAAACCCUACAGGCUUUAACUCGUGUUGACACGGGCCGCCUGUGACAGCCUAUGAACUAAGCCCAGGGCUUGGCAAACUACAGCCCAUGCACCAAACAAAUCCAGCCCACCACCUGCUUCUGUACAGCCCUGGAGCUCCAAAUGGUUUUUACAUUUUUAAGUAGUAGGAAAAAAUAAAAAAUCUUUUGAAACAGGUACAGGAGAUUCAAAUUUCAGUGUCUGCAAAGUAAGUUUUACUGGAGCACAACCACAUGCUUUCAUUGGCUUCUUCUGGGGCUGCUUCUGCACCACAAGAGCACAGGAGAGAGGUCAACACCAACACCACAUAUGGCAUCUCAUCUCUGCACCACUGUGGGCACACCACAACUCACAAGGACACCAUUAUAACUGGACAACAUUUCAAGCGCCACCUAUCUCACGAUCUGUGUGAAAGAGGUUUUCAAAGA